ACAAAAAAAAAAACAAAAGUUCACCCUAGUUUGUAUCGUUUCUCCUAUACUUUCUGCCUGGAGAGAUAUUAGGUCAGAAAUCACUACUAGAAGAAGAUGGUGAUGAUAACCGACCUUCCAUUUGAUCUGGAAAAGAAGAUACUCGCCCUUGUUCCGAAAGAGUCUCGACCACAAUGGCAAACUACCUGCAAGAGAUGGUACGCUGUACGCCAAGAUCUACUCGCCAAGAAACACUUGGCUCAAACAGGAAGAGAGUUCAUCUUAUUGUUGAAUACUAGUGUUUUUUCAACAACCAUCAACCCCCAGGGAGUCCAUAACAACGUUGAUCCGGCCAUGGAGUUCGGAGGUAAACUUGGAUCUUUACAAGAUUCAAAUGAUUUACAAAUAGAUAGUAUUUUCUACUGCAAGGGGUUGGUGCUAUGCAAUAUGGUGAAAAAACAAAGGCUCCUGGUUUGCAACCCUAGUAACCGUGAAACUAGGUAUGUCAAACCUAGAAGUAAUGGCAGUUGCGAAUAUGUUCUUGGAUACAAAGGCAGCAAGUCUUCUUGUGUUAAUAGCUACAAGAUCUUGAGGUAUUGUCGUUAUUUCGACAUGCAAAUGAGGCGUACGGUUUCCGAGUUUGAACUGUAUGACUUUAUGUCUGACUCAUGGAGGGUGUUAGAUGUGGAUGAGCAUGAUGCGUACAUAUCAGCUCGCGGCGUGUCUGUGAAGGGAAACACUUACUGGGUUGCUAAAAGAUAUGGCAACCAGUUCAUACUCAGUUUUGAUUUCACAAGAGAGAAAUUUGGGUUUCUCCCUCUUCCGUAUGAGAGUGCUGGUCCUGGUGUUUCAGUGGAUUAUGGGCAUAAAGAUACCGCUGUUCUGUCAGUUGUUAGAGACGAACAACUCUCGGUGUUACAUCAGUAUCUUCAUUUGUUUUCAUUUGAGAUGAAGAUAUGGGUGAGCAACAUGAUUGGCACCAAAAAGGUGUCGUGGGGCCAGUUCUUGGUAGUGGACGUAGUGUUGUUAAAUGUUGUCAGCUUCGUGGUUGACGAGGAGCAUAAAGUGGCAGUGUGUUGUAGUACAGACAAGGAUGAUGGUGACGAAGAGGGUACCAGCAUUUUCGUUAUUGGAGAGAAUAUACAGAGACAUGUUUAUGAUGAAGAAGUGACAAUAGAUGGAUCAUGGCCACAUCUCAUGAAUUACGUUCCAAGCCCGGUUCACGUUGUGAGGAAGAGUACGCGCAAAAGCAAAAGGAAACGAAUUGCAAGGAGGCAUCAACCGGAGGAGGGCACAUCGGCAAGAAGCGUUGAGGAAACAAAAGUGACACCCAAAGCAAAACCUAAAGCAUAUCGAAGUUUCUAGGGUUGCUUUGAAUGUCCCAAAAUGGUUUAGGAAAUGAAAGUGACACCAGACCUAAA